AUGGGUGAAAAGGGUCUUGUUAUCUUUCCAAGUGAGAAAGCUAAAAUUGACAGGACAGAAAUCGCCAAUGGCACAGACGUUUUGGCUAAGCUUUUGAAUAAAACCUGUUACGACAAAAACGCCAGACCCCAGGCAGGAGGGGAGCCAGUCACUGUAAGUCUCAGCAUGGCGGUUCAAUCUUUUACAAAUAUAAAGGAAUCUAAUAUGGAAUUUACAACGUCAAUGUUCUUACGUCAGGAAUGGGUCGACUUAAGAUUAGCACACAAGUUGAAUGGGACGUUGCCAGUGAGAGGCGUUGAUGUGCAGAAAAUAUGGCGUCCAGACACUUACUUCACCAACAUGAACGAUUAUAAGUUGUACGAGGACAAUCAACUGGUUCUGAUAUCAAGCAACGGUAGAGUUUACUUUAGUUCGAGAAUCCCUGUUUCGCUUGCAGGUAAAUACCGUGACAUGAUCGUAACCUUCACAUUCAGUCGUCGGAUCGGUUACUACCUCAUUAACUUCUACGUUCCUUGCAUCAUCAUGGUUAUUAUGAGCUGGAUUGUGUUUUGGAUUGAUCGAGACAACAUUGGCGACCGAAUAGCUCUCGGGAUCACGACCGUCCUCACAAUCGUAUUUUUACUGGGUUCCAGUAACAGCACUAUGCCCCGGGUCAGUUACCCGAAGGCUAUCGACUGGUACAUGAUGACUUCGUUCAUCUUCGUGUUUAUGUCGCUAAUCAUGUGUCUGUUGAUCUUCCGGUUUGAUCGAAAGAAGAACAAAGAGCAGCGCCCGCCGAGGUCGGUCAGCGGUGAACCUCCAGCUGAGGCAAUUUCGAUGCAGAUAUCAGAAGAGCCAGACAUUCGGAGCCGUGUUUCAUACUACGUGGCAGACUCUCAAGGAGCUGUGUAUCCCAUCGUUCGCAGCGUGUCUGGUCUAAAAAAGAAAACCCUCUUAACGCCACGCUUUCCCAAGAGGCUUUGCGGACUGCCGGUGAAAGUCACCCGAGAUAACCUUGGAGUGGCGCUAAACAAUCUCUGUAGAUUUCUCUUUCCAUCCUCGUUUCUCUUGUUCAAUCUUGUGUAUUGGGUUGGCAUAGCCUAAGUUUGCUGGGAACCAAGAAAGGGAAAAAGCUUUUGAAUGUAUAUCUUUGUCACGCACCCUGGUGAUGGGCUUGAAAAGUCGGCUAUGGUUUGGUUAACGAGUUGAGUUUUUUAUUUCUCGUAUCGGUAAAAUUCCUCGUUUUCAUAUGAAAAAGUUCGGUUCUGUUUACUGAAUGAGAAAGCCCAGCUAUUAAAAGUUAAAACAUGUUACGUCGGUUAUAUUCUUCUUCGAUAAGUUCAACAUCUGGGUAUUCAUUCUAAACGAACUUUUUACAUUGAGGAUU